CUCUCUCUCUCUCUCUCUGCACGCACCAUCCAUUGGAAUAAAUGAAAUCCCUCUGAGCAGUAUUCACCUUUGUUUUCUGAUUAUUCUUUUCUCAGCAGAUGUAAUUGCUUACACACAUCUUCUCUCCCCCCCCCCCUUAUGCAGCUGGGAGAUCCGAGUGUGUUAGAGACUCCCUCCGGCGAGGCCACGAUGGCGGCCCCCGUGACAGCUACUGCACCGCCAGGAGCUGCGGCGUCGGACGGUCGUGCAGAAAUCGAGAUGAUGAAUAAUAUUGUUUGUACAGACGCAACAAAUUGUGGAGAUGAUAUUGAUCAUCAGAAGAGAAGUGUUGGUGGUGGAGGACAAGGAGGCAACCGGUGGCCUCGCCAAGAAACUUUUGCUCUGUUGAAGAUAAGGUCAGAUAUGGACGCUUCGUUUCGGGAUUCCAGUCUUAAAGGUCCACUUUGGGAACAAGUUUCAAGGAAAAUGGCGGAACUUGGAUAUAGUCGAAGCGCGAAGAAGUGCAAAGAGAAGUUCGAGAACGUGUACAAGUACCACAAGAGGACCAAAGAAAGCAGAAGUGGUAAGCCAGAAGGCAAGACCUACAAAUUCUUCGAUCAAUUACAAGCCCUUGAAAAUAGAUUCACUGUCUCUCACACUCCAAAACCACCUCCUCCUCCACCACAACCUUCUUUCCAAACAUGGCCCAGCAAUAUUAAUAAUGAUUCUACCGCAACCAUCUCUUACGACGUCACUACUAUUCCAUCCACUAUAAACCCUACUCUCAUUUCCCCGCCGCCGCCGCCACUGGCGAAUAUUGGCUCUACCACCAGCACCAACCCUAGGAAUUUGUCCAACAAGAGCCUCUUCUCAUCUAUCACGACCACCUCGACCUCGUCGUCCACCGCCUCCGACGAGGACAUGGAAGAUAAGUACAGGAAGAAGAGAAAGAUGAAGGACUACUUCCGGAGGCUGACGAGGCAGGUGCUGGCCAAGCAGGAGGAGAUGCAGAAGAGGUUUCUAGAAGCCAUAGAGAAAAGAGAGCGCGAAAGAGAAACACAGUUAGAAGCUUGGAUGGCUCAGGAAAUGGCGAGGAUCAAUAGAGAGCAUGACCUUCUAAUCCAAGAAAGAUCUACAGCGGCCGCCAAGGAUGCCGCCACCAUCACUUUCCUCCAGAAGUUAUCCGGUGGCCAGCAAAAUCCGGCACCACCGCAUCCACCGGCCCCGCCGCAACCUGUAAUGCAAGUAGCAGAACCUCGUGAACAACUGCAAUUGCUGCCUGUUGAGAACACGUUUGAAAUGCAAAAGAAAGUGAAUAAUGUAGACAACGGACAUGAUAAUGCAGUUUGUGUUUCUAAUUGUCCUCCUUCUUUUUCUUCUUCAAGGUGGCCAAAGGCAGAAGUUCAUGCAUUGAUAAGGCUGAGGACGAGCAUGGACCCAAAGUAUCAAGAGAAUGGACCAAAAGGACCACUAUGGGAGGACAUAUCAGCUGGAAUGCAGAGGCUAGGUUACAAUAGGAGCUCCAAGAGAUGCAAGGAGAAGUGGGAGAACAUCAACAAGUACUUCAAGAAAGUGAAGGAGAGUAACAAGCAAAGGCGCGAGGACAGCAAGACAUGUCCUUACUUUCGUGAGCUCGAUGCUCUUUACAGAGAGAAGAGCAAAACCAACAACAGUAUCUUAUUUGGCGCCGGAAAUCCCAAUAUGAUGAUGGAGCCGUUGAUGGUGCAGCCGGAGCAGCAAUGGAGGCCGCCUCCGCAGCACGCGGAGGAAGAGGGCGGUGCCGGGAGGGAAAAUGCAAAGAAUGUGGUUCAGUACGAAGCGAGAGAGAGAGAGGAAGAGGAGGAAGAGGAGGAUGAGAUGGAUGAAGAUGAUGAAGUUUUGGAAGAUGAAGAUAGGAUGGAGGAUGAUCAAGAACGACGUUAUGAGGUUGCAGCGACAAGCAAUAAAGUUCUUUCCGUGGAUACUGUUGAAUGAGCGGACAUGAUAGGGCAGAUUCUGAUUGGAGGAAAAGCCUUUUGAUUUUAAUUAUUUUUAUUAAACUAACAAUCUAGUCUUCAAUUUAAUUGUGAGAUUUAUUUAAUUUUUCAUCUUUCAAAAUGAGUGAAAUUAAGCACCA